UCCCACUGCCACCCUGCACAGGAAAGGGGACACAGACAACCACUGCCCAGCCUCAUCCGCAAAGAUGCAGACAUCUGCUGCUGUCCAGUCACCCAACCAGAGCAUAUCUAGGCAGCUCAACCCCAGCCAAAGCCAAAGCCAAGGCCGGAGCCGGAGCCAGGACCAGAGCCAAAGUCAGGGCCAGAGCCAGGACCAGAUCCAGAGCCAGGAUCAGAGCCAAAGCCAGAGCCAGGAUCAGAGUCAGAACCAGGACCAGAAUCCUCUGAUUGUACUCAGAGAGCACAACCAGGCAGAGCAGCUCCAAUCCACUCAAGAUUCUAGGACUGUAUAUCGCUCCCAACCCAGAAGCAUUCCCAGAAAGAGGAAGAGCCCCAGGAAAAGGAAGAGGGGCAAGGCCAAGAAGGGGAGCCCAGCCUUCGGAAAGAAAAAGCGCACAGUGAGGAGACGCAAAUGAGGGCUCUGGAAAUCUGUUCCUGAAUGGGAUGAUGCCUGGAGAAGAUGCCACAACCAGGAACCUAACACCAUGCAAUUGCCUUCUCCAGUCUGCCUGAGGGAAAAGGGAAAAUAAAGAUCUUGUUGGGA